AUGGAAGAUUUAGACCCUCGACAGCAGCUCGAAACGUUCAAGCAGAACGAUGCUUACAAACAGCUUCUUACAUUCACAGAGAGUCUUGUCACACGGGUCGUGGAUUUGUCCUCUCAAUUGGAAGUAGUCACGGGUGAUUUAGAAGAUCAAAACGCAAUCCGUCGAGACUGGAAACGCCGUGCAGAAGCCGCUGAAGGUGCAAUAUCCCAAAACCCAUUUAUAUCGGUCUUGAUAGACGGGGACGGCUACCUCUUUCGAGACAGUUACCUUAAGGACGUCGAAUCUGGAGGUGGAGAUGCCGCGCAUAGAUUACUAUCCGAAAUAAAAGCUACUAUCAAGGCAGCUCAAUUACAGAGCUUGUCACCUGAUUCCCAGGUUGUGGUUAAUGUCUACGCCAACAAGCAAGGGCUUACCGGUGCUUUGCUCGAAGCUGGAGUCAUUUCACGUCCCAACGAUUUGGAGGAGUUCUUCUGCAAAUUCACCCAGAGUCAGACACAUUUUCAGUUUAUCGAUUGCGGACCGGGCAAGGAACGUGUAGAUGCUAAACUUAGAGAGGCGUAUCGCUUCUUUUUACGGAACUGCCAGUGCAAGCUCAUCUUCCUAGCUCUAUGUCAUGAUAAUGGCUAUAUGGCCGAGCUGGAUAAAUAUCGAAACGAUGUUAUAGCAAAACAAAAGACACAGCUUAUCGACCACUACGCCAAAGGUCGAGCGUUCGCAAACCCGCCAUUUCCCAUGGUCAAUUUCGAAGAAGUGUUCAGUAACAGAGCACUUCCUGUCAAGCGAGUGAAUGGGUUUGCACCUGUCCCCACCAAGUCAUCCUAUUCUUCAGCUCUGGCUGCACCUCCUACAGUGGAAGCAGCAUCAGGAUUCGGCCAAGGUCAUUUUAACCCGCCUCCUCUACAGUCAAAGCCUCCUCCCGACGCACAGUCUUCGCCUACUACGCCAUUUGCAUCGCGUACAAAUUCAUUUAAGGAGCUACAAACUCCAUAUCUUGCUUCAGGCGUUGAGCUGCCCACUUCUGGCGACCAAGUACCAGUCAACCGUCUCGACCAACGCAUCGACCGCCCCCUCCAAUCCCCCUCGCUCAACCAGCAACGCCACUUCGAGGACCGCAUCACCUACCACAAACUCUGUAACGAACACUACCUCCGCGACUAUUGUCCCGACCGCAACUGUCGUUUCGAUCACUCCCCCAUCGACAAAGAACUCAAAAACACUCUCCGAUACACGGCGCGGAAGAUCGUCUGUCGGGCAGGCACAGCUUGCAGAAGGGCAGGCUGCUAUUAUGGACAUCAAUGCCCGUUUCCGAAUUGUGACACGAGGAGAUGUCCCUUUGCCAAGGCGGGCUUGCACGAGGUGCGGGACCUGGAGAUUGUGAGGUUUGUGUCGCCUGGUGGUUGA